UCAUUCUGCAUCUUAAAUCCCGUAAAGUUAAGGCAUGAAGUAUGAGUGUGAUAUCUAAAUGGCAGUGUCUGAAGUCCGUGGCUUAGGUAAUUUAUUGGAAGCAAACAAAAUCUCCAUUCGAAAGUGUGAACAGGAUGGGCAAGUUUCACGUGGUGGAAUUAUGGAUAAAAAUCUGGUUCCAGAUAGUUUACCACCCUGGUCACUUCAUGGUUCUCUUUCUGACUUUGCCCAGUUUCAGAAUGGACAAGACAGAGAUCUGCAGAACCAAGAUAGUGUCCCAUACUCUGAUAACACCAUGGUGGAUGAUCUGGUGGCAAAGAUAUUGGAUGAUGAUGCCUGUUUAGUUGGCAGUGUGCCCAAUGACUACUUGUCAGAGGGAUCAUCCCAGAAGGAAUCAAACAUGUUCUCAUUGUACAAAGGCCCUAGUAUGUUUGGCAGUCAUUGGUCAGAGCAGUUUCAUAAUCACCUGAAUGGAACUUCUCUCACUCCUAAUGGUGAGGACGGCUUGGGCACAAUUGAUGGAGACUUCUUGCAGUCACAAAUUGGCAUUGGGAAAGAUUUUCUGACUUCAAAUUCAGAGUACCAGUGCCUAAAUCUAGGGCCAAUAGAGCAUGCAGAUUGUGAUGUGUUACAUUUUGCUGCAAUGCAAGGAACAGGAUCAGAGCAACCAGUGCAGACACUACCACCCCCAACCCAUCACCCUCAAACAAAGCCCCUACCUUCGGAUUUAUAUGCUGAACAGCUCUGGCUUUGUGCUCAACAGCAACAGUACCAAUCAAAUCAACAGGGUUCCAAUUCUCCCUCUGCUAUGGUCAGGGACUUUUCAUCUGACUCUAACUUUUUGUCUGGUUCACCUUUGUCUCUGUAUUCACCUAACUCAGUUCCACAAGGUUCAGGUCCUCAGCAGCCAGCUCAAGGUCCUGUAAUGUAUGGGCAGGGUUUGCCAAAUGACAUACAAAUGUACAACUAUGUCCAGAUGUUAAAUUAUACUGCCAAGCUGAAUCUGAACUCAGGUUCAGGUUCAGAAGCACUGAAUAGUGUGACAGGUUACUCUGCACCAAACCGGCCACAGGUUUCACCUCUUGACAGAAUCAAUCCUGUCCUACCCAAAAAAGAUUCCAGUAAGCCCUGCCCAUUCCCAACAAAUCUUCUGCAAUUGGCCAAUGAUUAUAGAGGAAUGACAAAGCAAGAAGUCUCUCAAACUAAUAACAGCACUGUCUGUGAUGGGAGUCUGAAUAUCCUUGACCAGCAGCUCAAUAUUAACCUCAUGAAGUUAAACUCAUCAGCACAGAAGAAUAAUUUGUCAUGUGUAUCAAGCAACACAGAAUCCCGUUCAAAUAUGGUACCAGUGUCAUGUUCUGGUCAUCUCUCAUGUUCAAGUUCCCACCAGUCACCACCAGUCUACUCUCCCAUUGGCUUUCCUCGAAACCUUAGCAGCCGAUCUUCAAGCCACAGCCAACAGUCAUUUUCUUCUGGUCUAACCAAAGGAGAAUCUGGAAGUUUUGGUUAUGGCAAUGGAAUAAAGUUCAGAGGACCAAGUGGCAUGGAUGGAAGUGGAGGGAGUAAUUACCCUUUGAACCAUAACAACAACAAUAACAAUGACAACGAAUUGGGAGGAAAGACUGUACUGGGCCUGACUGGAGUUUCACGACUGAGUCAAGUUUCCAGUAGUAAUGGUGGAUCAGUUUUCAGUAACCCAAAUUUCACGUCUGGUAAUCCACCUCCACCAACACUGGAAACUAACAAAAGCUUCCUGCCAGUAGAUCCUCGACCAAGCCUUCAUAUGCCAUAUGGCCCACCUAAUACCAAUUCUUUGCCUCCAUUACACCAUUUGAUUCCUCCACCACCUUUGGAUGGUUCCCCCUAUCCAACAGAAUUGUAUGCGGAACUGAUGAAGAACAGAUCAAGUCUAGGUUAUCUACCGCCAGGUCCUCCAUCGUCAUCAUCAUCUGAUAUGAUGCCCUUCUAUGAUGUUUCAGGAAUAUUUCCUUUCCCACCACACAUGUAUAGCUUCAGGUCUUUUCGACGCAGUGGACCAUCCAGUGAACUUCACUUACGUCUUGAAGAAUGUUGCGAUCAGUUUAAGAAUCUUGAGAAGGAACGCAAGAAAACAGAGGCUGAACUUGCCCGUCAUAAUCCAGGGAAGAAAGUGUCAUCUGCUAACAACAUUCCUGUACCAAGACUCCCACCCAGUCCAUCACGUGUUGAUCGCCUCAUUGUGGACCAGUUGCGCGAACGUGCUAGGGUGAUCACACUGAUUGCCAAAAUGGAGCAACUACGUGGUGAGGCUGUCAGCCCACAGAUUCAUGCAUCCAUGGAGACAUGGCUUGAUGCCAUCAAAAAAGUGCAGGCUCGGCGCCGUGAUGAAAUUAUCAAUUCAACCAACCGUCAUCAUAAUAUUGUGGCUGGGAUUCAGACUCCUCGUAUCCAAGAGGAUAAAGAUAUACUGGCCCUGGCAGCUAGUAUUAAGGAACUGACGGCAGGAUCCCGAAAGGCACGCACGGGCAUGUGGUGUGCCUUAGGCGUGACACUGCUGAUGCAAGAACAAGAAGGGGAAAGCAAAGAGUCAAAAAUUACAGGAACAGGAGAUGCAAGUGACAAGGUGGAUGCUACCUCUGCUCCAUCCACUACUGCAACUGCUAGCUCAGUUGUUAUUAGUACUUCUACUGUCUCUACCACCACUACUGCUGCUGAUAUUACAGCAGGGCAAGUAGAGGAGCUACAAAACAAUUAGAGGCCAGAAUCUUGAAGUUGAGCUGAUUAUGAGGCUAGCUCAAUAUUGCAUUUGUUUAGAAGCAUUGACAUGAUUCUUUAUCACACUUUUUAUCUAAGUUAUUUAACAACUAUUUAUUAACCUACAUCCUUACAUAUUUGGCUAGUUUAGAAUUCCUACAAGAAAUAGAGUAGGUUUCCCAUAUAGAGUUAACAGUCUGACGUGUUUUUACUGUGGAUGUUACAAAAAGAAAAGCAGUCUAUGCAGUGGAGUUUGUUGGCAAUUAUUUGAUAGUCUUGUUUCUGUAAUAUAGAUGUUGUGAAGGAGAAAUGAUCAGUAUGGUUGAAUUUGAGGCUUGGUUGGUGCAGGUUACUGUGUUCUUUCUACCUGCACUGAUUUUAUUUGAUUUUAAAUACUCUUGACGUUACUGAAGAUAUUCUAAUGAUACUUAAUGUUAAACAAUGAUGCUAGAUAGAUAUGUGUAUUUACUGAAUAUAGACUAGAGAGCAUGGCUGCAGAGUCCACUUGCUAACAUUAUAUAAACUGCCUAAGAAGAUGGGCUAGAUUUUUGUUACUAGUUUUCAUAUGAUGUAAGGUUUUAGUACACAAAUGUGAGUAUGAUAUUUCUCUUCUUUCUUAAAAAAAUGAUUUCCUGUGCCUCAGUGUUCGAUGACUAGUCAUGCUCAUUAUUUUAAAAACCGGACUUUAAGAAACCUCAUUCAUAAAUAAAAUUUUGGUCAGACUUGUUCAUUAUACUGUACGUAACUGAUGGUCAUGUUAAAGGAAAAGUCAAUUGCAAUGGAAACAUAUAGCCUUUCGAUUGCCAAAGUUUUGCCAAUUGUUCCGGCUCAGUUGUCUUUUAAAAUGCUCUCUUCGAGUUACAGUGUUUUGUGUGAAUAAAUUGCACUCUGCUAGCUUAAUGUGUUUGACCAUCCUUAAAAUUUUCCUGCUUUUUUACACAUUGUCAUGACAUUUGGAGGUUACUUCUACAAAAUUUGGUAUAAAAAAAACGGUUAUAUGUGAUUGCUCCACUCAAAACUUAUAUAGCAUAACAAGAAUCACACUUUUGUCAUGACCACCUUUUGCAGUGAAACUUUCCUAAGACUGAUUAUGGUAAUUGUCUUACUUUCCUUUGGCACACAGUUUUUGUUGCUAUUAAGGUAAUAAUGGAAGACAUAGAGGAAUGUUCUCAGUUUUAUUCAUUGCAUUGUUUUUUUCUCUAUCUUGUUUUAAAUUAUUUGAACCAAACUUACUUGCUGUUCAAAAGCCACUGAUAGCCACAUAAUGUGAACGUAUUUUUGGGAGCACUUUGUAAGCUGUAACUUAAUCAUUCUGGCUGUAUGCUCAAAUGUGUUUGUCUUGUCAAUGCCUCCCAUCAAAAAUAGGCUUUUUGAAUUUUAAUGGAUUGUGCAUUGUGUAGAAAAAGUUAUGUUCCCUCGUAUUUGACUGUAUUAGGAUGUAUUGCACCUCAGUAUUAAACAAAUGGCAAAAUAACUGCACAUGCAAAAUCUAGAAAUUACGUUGGAAGGAGCAGGAAGCCUUGUGUGCUUCCUUCUCAUCGAUCCAUUGGUUUGGUGCUUUUUCUCCGGCAUUGCUGACAUUCUAAACUGUGAUAUAUAUUAUAUAUAUAAGGUUGGAUUAGAUCUUUAUUCUCCCUCAUUACACAAUCUGAAUUAAGUUUUAUGAAUGUUAGGUAAAUAAGUGCUAGUUGUCAAAACUAAUAGAGGACAAUCGUAACGUAAUGCAUGUGAUAUCAAUUAAUAUGACUCGAAGAGACCAAACUUCUCAAAGGAAUGUAGUUUAGCUAAAGGUAACUUUUUUAUGGAGGACUGCAUGAUGAGUCUGCUUGUAUAACUCUAAAAUAUCUUUUAAAAACUUAUUUCCAGUCUUUUAGUGUGAAAUGAUGAUAACCAGUGUUUUAUACUUGUAAGUGUGUGACUUUAAGCUCCAUGACAGCAUAGCUGUAAAGUUAUUGCACCAUAUCAUUACUGUAUUAAAGUUAAAAGUGUUAGAAAAAUUAGCUUUGCAACUUGUUGUUAGAUAUUAUAUGGUUACACCAUUGUAAGUACGUGAUUCUAAAUGGAAGUCAGUUGUGAUGUAGGAGCACAAAAACUGAUUUAAGUAUUGAAAUUGUUUUGUGGAUUAUAUAAUGUAUAGUGACCACAACAGAUAUAAUUGUUAAUACUGCGCUAGGAUGUUUACUAAGUGUACGAACCUUUGGCCAUGGAAAGGACUCAUGUUUAUUACCUAUUAUUGAGUCACAUUUUAUAAGUGCUUCCAGUUUGACGAUUGUUUAAGUUUCUUGCCACAUUGUUGCUGGCAGGCAGUUGUGUGUUAUUUUUAGGUUAAAAGAACAUUAAUGGUGUACCUUUUGUUAUUAUCUUGAAUCUCUUAGUUUAUCGGAGAGUUUUACUGAAAACUUUAUUAUUUAUCCUGUUACUUUUUAUUACUUCCCACACUGAGAACUGAGAUUUGUUAAUAAAAGUGCAUUUCUACUUGUACAUUUUAAUAUGUGAUAUUGGGAACAAUGGUAAAAUAAAUUCUCUUAUAUGCGACAGUAAUAAUUUGCGGUGCUUCUGUCUGGGAGAUUGCCUGUACCGUUAGUACUCAGGGACUAGAUCCUUCUUGCUUGAUAAAUAACUUCAGAGAAUCUGCAGUUUCCUAAUGAAUUUUUAUUUGUACUUUAACGAUAUAUUCAAGUUAUCAAAUGCUCAUUGACAUACUUGUAAAUGCUGAUGCCUGUGUUCAUAAGUCUUUAUGAAGUGAUUUUGAGUUUUGUAAGUGGCUAUGUGUUUAUUAUUUUUUCUUGUCUUAAUAUUUUUUCCUUGACCAAAGGUUCUUAGUUAACAUUUGUCUUGGUCUCUGUCUAAACUAUUUUUAAAUAUGCUGACAUAUUUAAAUUAUAAUACUAAUACUAUGAAAUAUUUUGUCACUGAAGUAAUUUUCUCAAGGGGUUAUGUGCAAGAUUUAUAUAUAUAUAUAAUGAAGUCACCUCAGGUGAUCGACUGUGUCAUCGAAGAGUUAGUGCUUGGCAUAUCAGGGACUACCACAUUCUCCAUCAUCAGGCGUUAAUGUGAUGUCGUAUUUGCAUGCUAUAUUUAUACGCAUCAGCCAGUUGCCCCAGCAUGUGCCAUGUGAUGACAGUGGGUGAAAACAGAAACAGGCUCUGAAAUGUCAGACAGUAACUCCACGGUGACAGGGCUGAUUGCAUGUUAAGACUUCAUUGUGUACUGUUGCUGUGUAAGCUUCAAACCAUAUAAAGAUAUAUAAAUGCUUCCAUCCUGACUUGAAAACUAGGUGAUUUUAUUUCAGAUUUUAUUGGUGUAAAUUUUUGUGAUCAUUCCUGGAUAGUUAGUAAUUGUCCAUGUCAGAAGUGGAUGCAUAAUUUGCAUGAGAUACCACUGUUUGCAGUGACACUGCACAUGACAUUACACAGCACAAGUUAUGUCAUCUUGCAAGAUAGUGGAAGGAGGGUUCAAUACCGCUUACCUGAUACUUAGUUUUUAGGUAGUUACAGUAAUAGUUCAGUUAUGUUAUUAAAAGCAAAGGAAGCCUGGAUUUUAGUUAGUUUCAUUUAGAAAUUAACUGGAACUUUAAUGUUUCUGGGACUGCCAGUGUACAUGUUUAAUAUUGACUACUUAUAUGUGCUGAAUUUUACUUAUUUUCCAUUACUUAUUACAGUUACCAUAUAUCAUUACAUUGUUUUAAAGCAUAAUAUUGGUGCAGUAUGAACUAUCUGGGGCAGUGUAACAUGUUGCAUAUUUGCCAUGACUUAAUGGUUGUGAUACAAUAAUGAGAAGGAGUUGGUUUAUUGUCCUGGACAUUAUUUUUCAGCCAGCAUGCUCUGGUGUUUAUUUUAGGCUUGCUGAAUGUUUUGGUAGAUUUCCUGUUCUUGUAAAAACUGCCAUUAGGCUAAGUCGUCGUGCCUCUUUUCUCCUAGACACACAUGCAAUGUGUUCUGUUGAAAUUCAUUCAUGUCAGUGUGCAGUUGUAUGUGUUGGAUAUUCAAUAUGAUUGAUACGCUUGUUUGAAUCCUUUAAAAUAUUCAUCCUCUUGGGUGUUGGAUAACACCGAACAGGACCUCAGUGUAAUAACAUUACAUAUUCCCAUUUGCACUCGCACAAUCUCAUAACUUAUUAUAUAUGAAAUACUAAUUAAAUGGGCUGUGGUAGAUUUAAUAUAUUAAUUGUGGGUGAUAUAAUAACACUGUACUUCUAGAUGAAUAAUGAAUUAUUCACAGAUAUUGAUCAAAAAUAUUUAGAGUAGUGAGGAAUCCUAGCUUAGUGCCAUGACAGAUUUUUGGGCAGGUCAGGACCAUAGUAGUAUGAGGUGCUUACUGUUAUGUACCAGAAAUGCAUAGCAGUAGUACUAUUUUGUCUUGGCUAGACAUCUGUUAUUAAAAUGGGUGUUUGUCUUUGCAUCAUUGUGGUUGAUGUAGGUUUGCAGUAUUUGCCAUUCAUCAGCAGACAGCAUUCAUAAUGCAGUAAGAAUAAGUAAUGUGCAUAACAAAUAUGCACUUUAUUCAUACAACCAUUAAUAAUAAUUUGCAAUAACAUUUACCUAGCUUGGUAACCUGACAUCGUUACUUGCACUGUAUUCUGUGCAUAGAAUUCAUUGCUGUACUGCAUUGUUUGUUGUAUGCCUAUAUGCAUAUAUCAUAACAACAAAUUAACUGUAAAUUUGUAGUAGUGUAAUACAGCAGAUGGACUUUAGUACUUUUGCAUACCGCUGGUCAAUACUGCUGCAAAAUUAUUUGAUUUAAAUGAUUACCCUAUAAUAUUUAUUUAUGUCUUAUUUAUUUAAUAUUUAUUAAGUAAAUGGAAACCAUCAUCCUGAACAUAUCAGGACUUGAAGAGCUUAUAUUAACUUGGAACCUCUUGCAUUUCCAAAACAAUGCUAGAAUAUUAAUAUUAAACACCUGAGAUCACAUCUCCAUUUUAGUACAUAUAUUAGAGUACAAAAUAUGAUGGGUUGAAGUGGGUGAAAGCAAGCUAACUUCUGGGAAAGGAGUGAAAGACCAAUGUUAUAAGUUCAUAGUAAGUAAGUAAGUAAGUAUAGCCCCCCCCCCUUUUUUUUUUCCAGAGAUGAAAAAUCAUUUUGGUCUUAAUUUAAAAGGAAAAGGAAUAGAGUUUUCUUCCACAAAAAUCCAAGAAAUAUACUUAUGUAACUGCUGCACAGGGACAUUGGUUUGUGUAAAAGGGAACUUUUUAUAUUGUAUUCAGAUAAGAAUAUUUGAAAUGAAAGAAGCUGCAUAUAUGCUAUUAUUGUGAACAUUUUUGUAACAUUCUUUCACUUUCCUUCUCAGAAUUCAAUCCGUAGAAUGACGUGGUGUUUCUCUUGUUAACUCCUAACACAGUCAUAUCUUCAGUCAUGCAGUCCAGAUUCUUGUAAUGUUUUGGCCAGUAGAGAUUUUAGACUAUUUGAAUUUUAGAACACCAUAUAUUAAGGCAGCUUUGAGUGAAGGUGCUGUUAGCGAGCUGUACAACCUUCCCACAUCAUAUCAAAGAAUACAGACCUUCAACUUCCAAUGUAAUUCAUGUCUGAACCAGUGUUCUACAACUUACAAAAAUGAAUGAUAGGACAAUUGUCUCUGAGUCAGAUUUUUCCGUCUAAUGUAGAAAGCAUUUAUUGCAUGUGUCUGGUAUGAUCUUGACCACUGGCACCACCGUAAAUUUGUCAUUUUAUAUUGUUAUUAAUAUGUAAUAAAAGUAUACAUUAUGGUUCAAAGAUUGAGGCCCAAAUAAAUGGCUUCAUGGGAAUACCAGCUGAAGAAUUGGUUUGUUUUAUUGUCAUCUUAAGCACAACCAUUGUUCCAUAAGUUAGGUGAUUAUAAUAGAAAGUGAAUCAAUAUUUGGUUGACAGCUUCAUUGAGUAGUUGUCUCAACAAUAUGUGGUAAUUAUUGAAAUUAGAACUGCCUGAUUUUACUAAAAUGUUACUGAAAGGUCUUCAUCCAAAUGAUAAAAUAAUUUUGAAAUAUUAUCCAUGGCUUAUAUUAUAAUGUAUGGGUAUUCUGACCAGACUUUGUAUAUUUAUUUUUUAUUAAACUGAAAGGCAGCGUGUGUUUGUAUUAAUGUAUAAAACAAUGGUUGCUAGUGGUCAUGUAUUAUGCCAUUUCUAAAUGAUGUUCAUGUUACAUUAUCUAUGCAGACACAAAAAUGUUGUUACCUUAUAUGUGUGGUAUGUGUGAAAUGGUGACUAUGUAAUUUUUUCAUUUUCUUUCUUGUUGCACAGUUUGAGAUUCAAUUUUAUGUUUGAGAUAGCAUCUCUACACUUUGGUGACUCAAGUAAUCAUAAUCCUUAUAACGGUUUGUUUGUUACAUAUAAAGGCCCCAAAUACAUGAGAGGUCACAGAGUAUAUAAAUUUGUUUACUGUAUGCCACUGUGGUAUUGAAUAUUACAGCAUUCUUGAUAAACAUGUUUUAUUGUAUGAUGGAUAUGAGAGAUUACUGAAGGACCCAGCUGAAUUGGAAAACCCAAGGUAUCGGGGUUAUUAAUAUUAUAUUAUAAUGGUUCUCAAAAGGAAAUAAGUCUGCUUCAUUCUUCCAGAACAUAUUAAUUGAAACUAUCAGUAUUUAAUUCCUGUGUUGUUCAAGUUAUUGUUGUCUAGUGUCAACAUUGUUCUUGUGCUGUAUGUUACUUCACAUGCAUUUGGAGCUUCUUUAAGAACUGUUAGCUUCUAGCCAGUCAUUACGAAAGCAUCAUUAUAGAAAUUUAGUUCUGAAGAGCAAUGUCAAAGAAAGUCAAUAGAAACAUAUAUAUAUAUAUAUUGUGUUAACUCACUAUUUUGUAGAAGCAUUCCAAUGCUUUUUGCCUGUUUAAAACUGUCUCAAACAAAGAGUGAAGACUUUGUUCUGUGUAACUUUAUUAAGUGUGUAUGGAAUAUUGAAACAUUGUCUUAUUUGGCUGAUAAUAUCUGUAAUUAAUGUAUCAUGUUACCAGUGUGAGAAGUAAUAAGUUUUUCCAAUGGUUUUAAAGUUUCAGUGGAGGUGAUCUGUUUUGAAGAACUGCUCACUAAUGAGGUCUGUGUUUCAAAGUCCCAAGUUUUGGGUUGCAUUUGCAGGGUCUAUUCUAAUGAAGUAACAGAGUAUUUUUCUUAAUAUAUCAGCUCUUCAUAUGGGAAUAAAGAGUAUAGAGGAAAGUUUUGGUGGUUAGAUUCAUCUCAUGUAUAUAUAUAAAAUUUCUUUUCAAAAAAUUAUGGGAAUAAUGUAACAUUUGGCAUGAAGUUCAAAAUUAGAAUUUUGGAUUAUUGAUAUUAAUAUUUAAAUGAGUUAUUUUUAUGUACUAGGUAAUUGUAGUAUAUAAAUGCAAGUUUAAAAAAUGACAAAAUUUGGUAGGCAUGAUUUUGCUUACUUUUGUGCAAUGGUUUAAAGUGUCCUUUCUGUGUGAGAAUUUAAAAAUAAAGAUACAUCCAGUAUUAUGGCUCA